CGAAGCGGUUGUGCCGGAGCGCUGAAGAAGGCAGGAAAAUAUACUCAACAUACAAGGGUAAGGUCUCGCUUGCUCAGCUGCUAACUGGGAAGUAGGAAGUAUGAGAGACAAUCGUGGUCACUCAACGACCAGCUGAUCGGACGUGAGUGACGCAAAUCCAUGUGUACGCGCAACCGAGUCACGGUGGUGAAUACGUGCUAGGAUUUCUCGCGAAGGCAGAAAUCGAAAUGAUGUGGUGAGUUUGGCCGUGCGAGUGAAACGUGUUGAGCGUGCAGUGCGCCUGUGUUGAGUGUACAUACACAUGAGCGUCGCGAGAGCGAGCGUUCGUCUCUGGCUCUCUGGGCUCUGGUCGGGACUCAGCGAGUGCCACGGAUUUGGUAGCCAGUUCGUAGUUUGUGGUUGAAUUCAGUCUGCCUCAGUUAGAAACCAACAGUAAACAGAAUCGGACGGAAAAGUAGGAUUUUAGUUCCAGAAUUGAAAACAUAAAAACCUUCCUUCCUGUUGUACAGUAGAACUUUACCAAAUGAAGGAGAGCAAAACAUAACUUUAUCUAGUUUGAGUGCAAAGUGAUAUAGUAGCAGAAAUUACAAUCUUAGCGAAUAUCCUGUAGCAAAGUGACGGGAAAGCAAGCAGGAAAAGGACAUAAUCGUGAAAAUGAGUAACUCUAAUCGGUGCGAUAUAUCGACAAGUGGGAAGUGAAACUUUCGGGUCGGUUUCAAGUGCAAGUGCUCGGUUCCUACACUUAGUCGCAGAACGUUGCGGCUACGAGCAACUUGCUGUCGAGACGAUGGAUUAUCGUCCCGGAAGCCUGGAACCAUCGAUUGAUUGAUGUUAGUCAAUUUCGAAUUUUGACCCAUCUGUUAUUUUUUCGGUGCUCGCGGGAGUCCCAAAUUUUGGCAUUUCGCCGAGGGCGAGAAAAAUUCGGUUUUUUGUUUGUGAACAGGAUAUUCACGGUAAUAGUAGCUCCCUAGACAGGGGCAGGAACUGACGAGUAACGAGUAGUGAGUGCAUGGGAAAACCCCAUCAUCCUGAGUCGAGCCAACAACGGAAUCGAAGGAAGACACACUUGGCAUGAAUGAAGAAUUGAUUUUUCUCCUUCGCCAGAGCAGUGCAAAGUACGUUGCCUAAACCAAGCUCUCAGCAGAGUGUAAACAGAUACGCACAAUUUUUGUAGACUUCUGCAGUUGGAAAAUUUUAGUGGCGAUCGGCUCGUCGAGAACCGACCAUGGUUCAUCAACAGUACUAAUGACUAGAAAAAUUUGUUGAGAAAGGUGUUGUUGAAAAAAAAAUUAAUUAUAUAGUAAUUAUAUGUAAACAUUACGCAAAAAAAAGCAAAAUUUAUUGCAACCAUCGAAAGUGAAGCUAAUAUUACGGUAACCCGAAGAACUGAGUGAAAAGCAAACAACCUCGAAGUUUACAAGCGAGCGAUGUGACACGGGAAAAUGAGUGAGUGAAAAUUCAAUCCAUAUGCAAAUUCGAGUGAAUCGUCAUCAAUCAAUGCUGUGCUAAGUGAACAUUUUUUACAUUCGUCCUGUGGAAGCAACAGAAUCAAUCGGAGCAAUCGGUGAAAACAGAAAACAAAAAAUACAUAAAUACACGAAAAAAUAAAGCAAGUCCGUGCCAAGGUACCGAAGCGAAGCGGCGGAUGGCACCGAUGAGAAGAGAAAAAUUUAAUCUAAUGUCAAUGGACUUGUAAAUCAAAUAAAAAUUACGUUUAUAUUUACGAAUAUUUGGUGCUGCCGUGUUUCAAGUUCCACGAUUGGGUUCAUCCGAACCAAACAAACGACAACAACACAAAUAUUGAGAAAAAAAAAGAAAGAAAUAAAAUAAAGUGAAGUAGUCCCCGCGCGCGUGUUUGUGAGAAAUGUGAGGAGGCUGCAGCCGUUGAGUGUUGAUAAAGUUUUUAAAUAAAGAUUCCUUCUGGUGCACACACGUUUGCUUCCGUCUUUCCCAUAGUGAAGGUAUCAUCGUAGCAAGCAAAAAAUAGAUCCGUCGUGCAGCGAAAAUAUUUGUAGCAUUUGCCAAACACGCAUAUUUUGACAACAAUUCCGAUGCUCGUCGGACGACUGUGUGACGUUGGGUCGUAGACAAAAAUAAUCAGUAAACAGAAAGCAGAAAAAUAAAAGCAAAAUACACACAGCCUAGCAGAGGUGAGCAAACUGAGCAACGAACGAACGAACGAACGAACCUUCCCAGUGUUGUUGCAAAAUUCGGAACUUGUUCGGUGUAGAAAAAAUAUGGUUCCUCAGCUCAACCACGACCUGCAAUUGAUAGUGUCCCAAACCGAGAUGAUGGAUACCGGUGCGGUGCAGGUGCAGAUCACCAACCACACGGCGUCCCCUCUGAGCCACCACCAGCAGCUGCUGGACCAGUCGGCUUUCCAACAACAGUCCCUUGUGAACGAGCAAUUGUUGGUCGUCCAGCAACAACAACAGCAACAGCAGCAACAACAGCAACAACAGCAACAGCAGCAACAGCAACAACAUCAGCAACAGAUGAUUACUCCGGUCCUGUUCGGGUCCCAAAUGGUGGACAAAAAUUCCAGCACGCCUUACACCGAUGCGACACAGACGAAAAAGCACAGCCCGGGCCACAUCAAACGUCCGAUGAACCCGUUCAUGGUGUGGAGUCAGAUCGAGCGGCGCAAGAUCUGCGAGGUGACGCCCGAUAUGCACAAUGCGGUCAUCUCCAAGAAUCUGGGAGCCCGCUGGAAGGCACUCAGCGAUACCGAACGUCAGCCGUUCAUCGACGAAGCGGAACGGCUACGGAAGCUGCACACUCAGGAGUAUCCCAACUACAAGUACCGUCCAAAAAAGAAGCAAGUGAAGGGAACGGGAACCGGAGCAGGCGGUAAGAGUAAUUCCGCGUCGUCUUCGUCGUCGUCGUCGUCGUCGUCGUCGGCUUCGUCCUCGCCUGCUUCGUCCACUUCUUCACGGGACAGCUGUUCGUCCGUUUCCUCGGCAACCGGCAAGUCCAAGUCCAGUCGGCGCAGUGGAAAGGUCAGUAAAAAUGACAGCAACAACAACAGCAGCAGUAACGGUAUCAAUCUGAAAUCAAAGAAGGCCGUGAUCCAAGAGGAACUGCGGGAUAACAAUGGAAACUUCGAUGAACUGUACUACCCACAGACGAUGCUGGGUGUUGGCGGAGAGUCACCGAAUUCUCCGGAAGGGGCUGCCCUGUAUGAUGAUAAUUCGAUGAUCUCACCGGAACCACCGUUUGCCAACUCGGUGUUUGAGUCGGAUAACAAUCUGUUCUCGACCAAUCUGGAUGUGUUCCCGACGGAUGAGUGUAGUCGUGGGUUUGUCCAACAGACACUGUUCGAUACCGAUGAAGAUAACAAGGACUUCAUUCUGAACAACAAUGACGACUCGAAGAGUUACCUGUUUGCGAACGGAACACUGCAUAGUCUGGAUCAGAACGGUGGCAGCGGUGGUGAUGGUGGUGGUGGAGGUGGUGGUGGUGGAUCCGGAGGUAACAGCAACGGGGUGGAUAUCAAGCGUGAGUUGUACUUCGAAGAGGAUGAUCGGUUCAAUGAUCCGUGUCUAACCAAUGCCAAUAGCCACCGGAUGUUGAAGAUGCUGCACGACCAUCGGGAUCAGGUUAGCCAUGGCCAUGAGCAUAGCCCGAGUCCGGUUAGCUUGAACUACAUCAACGACAUGGUCACCUACAACGGGUUGUUUACCGUGAACAGCACUGCCAACGAUAACACCUCCGGAAAUACGCUAGCGAGCUUCAGUGAGUUGUCCAGUAGUUGUCAGUCGCACGCCCUGCUCCUAUCCCAGCACAUCAACCCGAACCAACUGAAUGGGCUCAAUACGUUUAGCACCCAGCUGGCCAACAAUCGGCCCAACCCAACGCUCAACAGCAUUUCGUCCAACUGCCAACCUUCGCCAACGACCACCAACGCUCUGAUAGCGAGCAGCUGUGCGAACUCCAGCAUCAACAGCACCACCACGACCUCGAUCGUUACCGGAAUGUCGCUGGGGGCCUGCAGUCCCGCGAUUGCCCUCAGCCAGCAGCCUCACAUCAGCAGUCAAAGCACCAGCCUGGAGCAGAUGGACUUCAACGAUAUGGUUCCGAGUGAUCUGAACGACAUCACGUUCGACGGCAUCGAGACGGCUUCGUCGUCCAGCGGUUCGCAUCUGGAGUUUCCCUGUUCGACGGCGGAUGUUUCGGUGCUGCUCGGUAUCGACACGUCGUACGAUUUGAACUAAGCGGGCACUUGGCCGCGGGGAGGAGGCGGAGGAAGAUCAUCUACUGUUUUGAACAUCGAUAAAAAAACCAAAAAUUAAGUGCUUUAUUGUGCGCGAGCGAGAGAGAGAGAGAGAGAGAGAGAGAGAAAGAGAGAGAGCAUGUUAGGGACGGGGAUGUUUGUAUAUUUGAAACGAAGUGUAAAAAAGUGUAGGCGAGAGCAGUGAAAUGAAAAACAAAUUAAAAAGUGUUGUGAUGAGCGAAAUAAUAAAAAAAAACAAACGAGAAGGGGAAAAAGUUUUUUAAGGUAGAAAGUUAGUUUUUUUUUUUGGCGCUGAACAGAAUAAGGCUAGCAGCAGCAAAAAUACAGAUGCGGUUUUUAAUUAAUUGAGAAAUUAGGGACGGCAGAGGAACGGGUGAACGGAUCACCCGAGUAAAAAUUGAGCGUGCACAGAGCAAAAAAAAAGGUUGUCAAUAAUUAGUAGGGAAAACGGCGGCCAGAAUCGGACCUCGGUUGAUGGGAAAAAAUAACAGUAGAGCGGCGGACGGAGAGGGUCAGUCAGUAAAAGUUUUGAUGAAAUGAACGAGAGAACGAGAGAGCGAACCAAACAAAAAAAAACUGGGAACGGAAAUUGGAAAUAUUCCCUGUACCCGCCGCAGGCGUUCAAGGCGGUAUUCCCGCUGGAGAAUUCGGUGCAAACUGAUGGUGGGUAAAAAGAUUGAGCACUCGGAAAAGUUUUGUAAGUCACCACUUUCCAGCUUUUAAUUGAUGACUGCAAUAAGAUUGGUUCUUGUUCGGCCGCCAUUCUGUGAGCAGAAAAGUUUUACAUCGGCUCACGGUUGCACUACUGGUGCGGGUGACGGCGACGCGGCAAUAUGAGCUGAUGGGAAAUGUUUUGCGGUAUUUUCCAUUAAGUCAUUACGCUGCUGGCCGACAGGUCCCUGACAGCCCGAGUUGGUACGCUUCCGCUCGAAUGAAAUGUAGCCUUCCUUCCCCAUGCAAAGAUUGGUUGUGAAAAGUUUUUCUCCUGAGGAAAUUGGGUUGCUGUCGGGUUUCAUAGAAUUAUGAUAACAUUUUCUGUUUUGAGACGGGUGUGAUGUGCAGUUUUAAAAUUGUCAUAGAAAUGAUGAUAAGGCGCUUUGACAAUUCGAUUCCCGCUAUAAAAUGAAAAACAAUCACGUCCACGUAGCAACUGGUAAUGUUUAUAUUUCUCGCGCGUCUCCAUAACAAGCAAACGUAGCCUUUUUUGAUCCAGUAGGCAUGUCUGCAUUUUGUCACAUGCUAAGAAACGGUAAAAACUAGCUGACCACAAGUGCAGGUUACUUGAUCUAUUGACAAAAAUGGUUAUAAUAAAUGCUAUUUCGCCAAUAGAAAUGUGUAACGUUUAGAAUAAAAUUUUAAAUUUUAAAUUUCUUCCAUUUCUGAAUCCCAGAGAUCGAACGAUUCUACAACUUUUAGAUUGCAGUUAUCCCCGUCAGUUCUGGGUUUUGGGGACUGCUACCGAAUCUGAACCCAAAAACAUGUCUGCUUUCGACAGCCAGGGCCCCCGGUAGCCAAUAUCGGUAAAACAAUUAGAAUGGAAAUUUCAACCGAAGCAAAACAAACAACAGGAGCCAAAGCAGAACCGAAAAAAAAAUCCAAUCACCACCAACAAAGUUGAUUAAAAACAAUUCCUUCGGCCCGGUGUGUCAUCUUUUCCGUAGUGGAAGGGAAAAAAAUCCUCGGAACCCCAAAAGCAAAACAGAUCGCAGAAAAAAAACAAAAAAAAACGCAUCUGCUAUUAUGACAAUAAAACGGGAUCAAUGAUCUGGAAAAGCUGGAGAGCAAAAAUGACAGAACACGAAAACAGCGAAACAGAGCAAAAAAACCCCCAUCAGUCGUCGUCAGUCAGCCGCGGCUCCGAUUAAAUGAUGAAACGAAAGAAUCAUCAUCUUUAUUGAAUGAUUCUGUUGCUGGUUUUCCAUUCGCCCGGCACUCCGCGGGAAGAAAAAGCGUGGCCAGCGCUCGAUAUCCGGGGUUGGCGCGGGGGAAAUGCUUGAUUUAUGUUUCGCUGCAUAAAUCAUUAAUCAUAAUCUUAUUAUACGGUUUAAACCAUUUCUCUGCCUUUUUUUUGUUGUUGCGUUCUUCCGUGUAUUCAUUGGCGUUUUUCCUGCUGCCUUCUGGUGGUGGGCCAUUCGAGCCGGGCAAAAAGUGGCAGAAUUCUGCUAGGCAUCCAUACACUGAGUUAUUGUAGUGAUUACUAUUAUUGUUAUUACAAUAGUACUUCGCUGUUGAUCUCGGCUGGUUGGUCGGUGCUCAAGUCCAGUCCAGAGAGAGAAAGAAAGAGAGAGCCUGCAGGCAAAACAGAAUCCAACGGGCAAGAACUCGAGGACUUUCUUCUCCACUUGCUUGCGGAGGGCUUGCGAUGUUCUUCAUCCGAGAAAUCCAAGCACUCUUCUUGAUUUUGUUUAUGGUUUCAGUCGAGAAGGCGGUUGUCCACAUUGGUGAACUCUGAUUCUAAAGGGUCGCAGCAAGCCGAGCAUUUGUUGUAGUUUUUUUUCUCUUCUUUUUCUUCUGUACGCUCUUAUUGCCGCCCGUUGGGGUAUGAUGGGGGUUAUAAGUCGAAGGUCGACUCCGGGGAAACAGAGUUCGUGGUGACAGUUGAAAAGAUGGCGAAUAUUUUCAUUUGUUUGGCAGCGUCGUACGUAUCGCGAGCAUUUGGGUCGUUGUUUGACGGCGAGAGAGUUUUUUAAUGGAAUGCCAAUUCAAUAAUCGGUUUUAGUUUUACACACUGACAAUGCCGAGAAAUCUUUCUAGUUACUGAUAACAAUUUUAGGUCCCCAUGAACAGAUAUAUUGGUGUGUUAGAACCUUCCGAAAACAGGUUAGUGAUGGGCGAGCGCUCACGAGCCGUUCAUUUGAACCGACUCGUAGCAAUGAGCGAACGAACCACGGCUCUUCAAAAUUGAACCGCGGCUCUCAAGCAGAGUUACCAUUUUAAAAUCUUCGUUUCAACUUGGAAAAUCUUUGUGCCUGUGUACGCCCAAAUUUGAUUGCGUUGUUGGUUAAACGAUGAUGUUUCCUGAUGAAGCUGCCAAAAAUACAUAGGAACAGAAAGAAAUAGCCAAUGAACCGUUCAAUUAAACCGGCUCUUACGAAAGAGCGUUCGGUUCAGAGCCGCUCAUUGAAAUGUGCCGUAUUGCCCAUCACUAAAACAGGUUAGAACUAACCGGAAAUCGGUAUUAAUCUGUAUGAAAAUAGGAUUCUCGGUAUUUUAAGAGAGCAUUCCUGUAUCGAGUACGAAAAUCGAUUUAAAUAUCGAUAAAUCGGUAUAGUUGGCAGCGCUGGUCAGAAGUAAAAAUUUCAAAUAUCUUCAGACAGAGUUGCAAAUGUCUGUAUAUUCGAAAAACAAUCUGCAGUCAGCAAGUUUGUCUUGCUGCCAUCAAUUACUCUAUAAAGUAUGGAACGCGAAACUGCCUUGGUGAGCAAAAAAAAACAAAGUCGCCGACAAUUUCAAAAGUCUGCAAAUUUUGACGAAAGUCUGCGAAAAACAUGAUUUUCAAAAGUCUGUAAAAGUCUACACAACAAAAAAUGUCUGCAGCACUAUGUACGAAAUCUGCAGAUCUGGAAUCUCUGGCGCUGGUACAAAAUUUUAGCAGUUGUUUGGCUAAGUGCACUCUUACUAGCCACUAUUUAAUUUUGGGUCGAAACCUACUCAAAAUCAAAUGAACGAUUCAGUUACUAACCACCUGCGAACUCCGAAAGAGUAAUCGGAUAUUUACUUAAAAUUUGGGUAAUAGCAAAAUUUUUUCCCUGUCUAAUUUUUGGUAGCUCAUAGAAGAGCUCGACAUUGAGCGAUUUCUUCUCAAAAAAAAGUAUACUCAAUUCUCGGUGUGAUCACCAAAUAGCAAUUCGCCUAUAGAGGCGCUGAAAUCGCUCAUUGACUCUUGCAUUCGAUCUUGCUUAGAAUUCCGAAUAAAAAAUAUUGUAGAAAAACAAUACGAUUUGCUGUUACAAAACCUUCCACAAAUAUAUUGCAACCAUUGAAAAAUAUUUUAAUGUAUUCUUAUAUACUAUUCAAUUAAUUGUGCACAUGCUUUUUACAAUAGAAUGUAUAGAUUGUUAAGUAUCGUAACAAUUCAAAUCAUAAAAUUUUCUUAUACAUGUUUUGUUGGAAAACAAUUAAAUGUACAGUUUGCAUAUUGUUUGAAACACCACGUGUACAAUAAAUUCAAUUGAAGAAUCGAAGUAAGGAGUGUAUCGAAAAUAAGCUAUCUACAAUUUUUUUCAAAUUAUGAUAAAAAUGAUAUUUUACUCAAACUAAAAAUUGAUCCUUUAUUGUACGAGGUUAUACUUGAGCAUAAUGAAAACCGGAUGAAAUUUAAGUUAUUCCUUCACGAAUUUUCGAACUUUUGAUCGAAAGCUCUUCAUCAAGUUCCGGACAAGUAUUGCAUCGCAUUUUUUGGACGCUUGAGCCCAAUUUUUUUAUCCCCUGCAUGUUCCCAGCUGCCUUACCAGUCUUCUUGGAGACCGUCUUCACGAUUGCCCAGUAACGUUCGAUGGGUCAAAGCUGAAGGCAAUUUGGUGGAUUGAGAUUUUCCUCAACGACAUAUAUACUCUUUUCCGCAAGCCAAUUGAGUGGUUUUGGCAUAGUGAGCCGACGCUAAAUCCGACCAAAACAGUGGAGGUGUACUAUGCAUCUUAUAUAAAGGUAGCAAUCUUUUCUGGAGACACUCAGAUCGAUAGAUUUCUGCAUUUAUAGUUCCGGUAGUGUAAAAAAUGCUUGACUUCAAACCACAGGAACAUAUUGCUUGCCAUACCAGUACCUUUUGACCGAAUUUCUCCACUUGAAUCGACCUGUUCGCAUCGCUCACAUCCUUUCCAACGACGACAGUAAAGUAUUGUGGACCUGGAAGGGUUUUUGAGUCCUCCUAUACAUAAGUCUCAUCGUCCAUCAAAACGCAUGCAUCCGGACACAGCAAAAGACGCGAAUACUAUUUCCGGGCCCUUGUUGCUGCUCGCUUCUUCUGUUUUACACUUUGUUUCGAGAUUUUCUGCUUCUUGUAGGUCUUCAGGUGAUUUCACCUCUUGAUACGCUGGAGCAUUCCGACACUAGUUUCUACUUUUUUUGGUCAAAUCACGUAUUGACAUUGAUUUGUUCUUCAUGAUUAGAGAUACCACUUUCUGGUCCAGUUUCGGGUUGGAGGAACCGGGUUUUCUGCCUCUUUCUGGUAGCCCAUGCAAAGAAUAGUGUUCCCCAAACUUAUUAAUGAUGGUUUUUAAAACUGGCAUGAUGAAUUCCAAAUCGCUUCGUCAAUUUUCCCAUAGUGAUACCCUUCUCAUUUAGCCAUGUGUCCAGAACCUUAAUAUUCACUUCCUUUUCAAUACGCGACAUUUUGAAAACGCAGAAUUUAAACCGCACAAACAAGUAAACAAACGAAAGCUGACAGCCAAACGCACAGCAUGCUGUGAUCUGAGCAUAAAAAAUCAUCACAAAUACAUGCGUACAACAUAAAUGUAUGUGGAUAGCUUAUUUUCGAUACACUCCUUAACAAUAUAUUAAAUCGUUGGAAACGAAAGAAAUCUUGUCAAUGGUUUAUUUUUCUACGGGAUGGUAUUUCAUGCCCGAAAAAUCGUGCGCAACGGUGAUCCAAAAACGAAUUGCGCGAGCUUGGAUUACAGCUUUCCUGUAAUUUCGCCCAUCGAACAAAUCGUGCGCAAAAAUUGCGUUUGGACUAAGUUUGACAUUUGCAUAGUGUCUGUCAAAUGCGCUUGACAUUUGACACGGCUGAUGCAAAUCGGUGCAAAAUGAUUGGAUGGCUAAAUCCACCUAAAAUACACUAAGUUGAGUGUCACAUUCCACUUCUGUUUUGCUAUUAUUUUAUAUUGUUUUGAUUUCGAUUGAUUUCAAACGCUAUAAGUUCUUCACGUCUGACGAUCAUAAGCGAUGUUGUAGUUGAAAAAUUUCUGUAGGAAAAUGUUGUUUUGGACCGAAAUAGAACGUUUUGCAAUAUGGAACCGAACAGUCGAAUAGGUGACAGUAGUGAGGUUCUUGUUUUCAACGUGUAACAAAUUAAAAGUUUACGCACAAUUCUAUGAUUUAUGUUCCGAAUAUCUAUUCCCUGUGCUUAAACUAACUGUUUAUCAAAAUAUGAAGUACACAGUUCGAAAAAAUAAUGUGAUUUUAAAUCUUAUAAGAUGCACAUAAAUGCAGCGUCGUAAUUCACACAAAUCUAUAUUCAAGAACAUGUAAAAUUUAGUGAUUAGAAAAUUACAUGGCUUCGAAUUACAUGAAUUCGAAUGAAAUAAAAAACAAAGGAUCGAUAGCAGCAGCGAGACUUGAACCGAGAAACAUUAGAUCACAAACACAUCGGUUACUCGACUGAACCACAGUGCUCAUAUCUGUUUAUUGAAUAAUUGAUACCUAUAAAUUCAUACAGCGGAACUUGGUAGCCGAGUACAAAUUACACUCGGAGCGUGUAAAAUUUUGUGCGAGUGGAAUAUUACAUCAUUUGAAAAAUUAAGUAGGGUAACAGAGGUAUUUUGGCCACUUCAUAUAUUUUGGCCCACCUAACAAACUUUAUCGAUUUCAUCGGAUUUUAUCGAUGUUAAGUAACUCAUUUUGCAUCAAUUUGAAGCUUAUCACAUUAAAUUACCUAUUGCGGAAGGGGUUUUUUAAAGAUAUUACAAUAUUUGGUGGAUAUUUUUAUAAAGUGGGCAAAAAUAAAAUCAAUCCUAAAGUGGACCAAAAUACCUCUGUUACCCUAGUUGGGAAUUGUAUCGUUUGUAGAGUUCUGUCACCUGUAACAUUCAUAUUUCUGUUUCUGUGUAGAUGAAAGAAUGUUGUGAAAUCUAAGGCUCUACAUACUAAAAAAUAGUUUCUCCAAAAAGAAUAAGUUCCCACUCAUCUACAGAAAAAGUGGAACAACUCUAAUUUAGAGUAACCUCUUAGUAACUCAAAUUUGAGUUCUUCCACUGGAAUCGAUGCUUGGGUAAAAUCAAUUCAGUUACUGAAUAAUGCUUUAUAUGUGCAUAUGUCAGAAAUUGAGUAAAUAUCAUAUUUUGAGUGAAAUUUUAUUUCACAUAUAUCAAAUUUACGUAAAAUUUGCUCCUUUUCUGAGUAUAUUGUAUUUAAAUAUUAAGUAAUUGACACUCAUUCCUUGAAAUAAUCUUACUCUGUUUAUUUAUUUGCUCAGACACUAAUCUGACACUAACUCCUCAUAAAUGGCACACUGGAGCAUAUUCGUUUCCAUCCUGAAGCACAAUACGGAGUACUCCUGGACACAAUAUUUGCGUCGGUUGCACAACCAAGAGCACAUUUUAUCAAAAAUACGCGAUCCCAAUUGAAAAAUAAUGACUCUUGUUAGUCUGAUUAGUCUGAUCUCUCGAAUUGUAACCUAAAAACGAGUUCCUAUGUUAAACUAAAAUUUAGAGUAAGAGUUACUCAUUAUCAUUGAUGGUAACUAUUCAAUUCUUGACGUUUCCAUGUAUCAUUUGAAAAUGAGUUACUCAAACUCAAACUCUGAGUAACUUUUUAUAAGCGUGUAGCGCUAAAAAUUGUAACAGAAGCUUUUUUUCGCACACUAAUAAGGAUGUCGGAAUGUCGUUCGAUUGUUCGAGUAGUGGAUUAAUAACCCAGAUAAUCGAAUAAUAUUAAAUAGAUUAGUAUGAAACUCAUAUUCGAUAAUCAAACUAAUCGAAUAACUCGAAAAAUCCUAUAAUAAUAAUAAUAAAUAAAGUAACCGAUUAAUAAUCCUGAUAAUUGAUUAAAAUUAAAUUUAAUCGAUUAGUUUGAAAAUUUUACUCGAUUAUUGAUAUUGGUUAAAUUUGCAGGCAGGUUGGUGCAAUUGAAUCGUCCCAAUAACUGUCCUAUCCGGCAGGAGUCUAAUCACGUAUCAAAUGCGCAACAUAUGAGUCAUUAUUGCAAAAUGCAAAAACAAUCUUCUUCGCUGUCAUUGAACGGACAUUCAACAGAGAAAUAUCAGUUUAUUUGGUAUAUUCUUCUUGAUAAAUUGAUGUGUAUUCCUUGAAGAUUUAUUUAGCCAUAUUUUGAGAAUUGCUGUAGAUCUUUAAGAGCUGAGGACAGUACCGUAAAAUGGUAGGUUUUUUGCUAUUUUUCCGUUUCAAAUUAAAUUUUCUUGGAAACGAUGUUGAAUAUAGAAAAGCCCACCUGACAAUGUCUUCAAAAUUUAGUUGAGAAUAUUCUGUGAAAUUUUCAGAAUUAUUCAUUGAGUUUAGCGGUCGUGUUGUAUUUUUUCUGACUGAAGAACUGCUGAAAAUUGGAACGCUCGGAAAUUCAGACCUCUACUUGUUCAUCGAAUAUCUCGGCUUUGAAGGCUUGUAUCAGAAAUCAACCGUGACAAAGUCUAGAUAAUUUAGUUUAGAUGCGAUUAGUACACAAAAACAUAAAUAUGUUAUCGCGAUAAAAAUAAAGUCUUGUAUUUUUCUGUGAAAAAAAGUCAGUUUCAAUGCAUCCACCAUUUUUUUCGCUUUGGUUUCCUGAUAGCAUUCUGAAAAAGAAGAGAGAAAUAAAAUUGGCUCGACAAGGCUGCCAAACACACAGCCAUUCAAUCUUUGUGAAAGUUAAAUAUUUUUUCAUUGUUCAUUGGAAUCCAUGUAAUGUCCAACCCAUUCGAUAGAUUAAUGUAAUAAAACUUCUCAUCAAAAUAAAUAAAUUGUAUACAGUUUGCUCAUAUACGAGAGAGUACAAGAGAAAUACGAUGCGCAAAGGGAAUUGAGCGAGCCACGUGGUCGAUUUAAAACUCAACACGUGACCCUCUGUCCUCAGACCUUUAAUAACUCAUUAGUUCACUUUCCAAAUAUUUGUUUUCAAUGAAACCCAAAGUUUUCUGUUUGCUAUUAGUACUAGUUGGGUAAGGAACAUUUGUGCAAUAACGCAGAAAUGAUCGAAAGAGAGAUUAAACAGUUCUUAGACUUUUUUUUAAAUGUUUACGCCGAACUCGUCAAAUCGUGUUCUAAAAUAUUUGUUACAGUACAACCAAAACCUUAUCUUGUUGAUUUGACUGCACUACAUUUUCAAUUUCCGAUCGUUAAAUUCAGCUACCGCUGUCCGUAGCUGAGAAGUUUGAAUGAAAUUUUUUGACAUAUUUUCUUAAAUUCACACUUAUGGUAAUAUAAAUAAGUGCAGUAGCAAAUUUUGAAAAAACCUUCAGUGGGUGCCAAAUAAAAAAACCAGGUUCGAAACUGACUCGAUUUUCGGUUCAACAACGUUGAAACUGGGCUCGAAACUGGCUUCAAACAAACGGUUUGACAGCAGAUAGGGUGGAAACUGGGUUAGGUUUGGCAUCAAGUAAAAACGUCAUAAUUUUGGUCACGAUGUUCCAAGCCUACUUCGAUAACGAAUUGAAUUUGAUACCGCAACGAAUGCUGUGAACACACACAUUUCGAUUUAAAAACAUUCAUUUUUAACUCAAAAUUUACCCCAACCCCAAAAUUCCAAUGAUCAAUCGGAUGGUUUGCAAACUUCCAAUCUUCCAAUUGUCCUAAAAUUAGCAUAUACCCUAUAUAUAGCCAACGGGGUACACCGCCCUGUGACCGAUGAGUGGCCUGGGAGGGGCGGUGGGCGCAAUAACAGAAGUCCACUAUCGUUAGGACAGAAUCCAACGUGGCCAACCGACCGGAGUUCGAAAGAAAGGGGAAAAGAAAAGAAACUAUACAUAUGCAUAAAUUGAUUGACUUCUCCGGUUUGGACUGGGGUUUCCGAUUCAGGCUUGUAUUUCUGUUUCUCGCAUGUUUUUUCCCGGUUCCAGAACGUUCCGUUCACUCGUUCCGAUCGCUCUAAUUCAUUAUAAUAUUUAACCCGGACUGCGGAUACGAUCGGCCUCAGUCGGUCUACAACAGAAGAUAAAUUCAAUUCCGCUGGUCAAUCGAAACUCAGUCUUCGGAACUUCAUAAAACCUAAUUGGGUUCCCGUUUUUGUUCUUCGAUUUUUGGCAGUGGUUUGAUAUUUUAUUUUUAGUCGUUUGUUGUUGUCCUUCUUUGUAAAAAUAUUUUGCAUCAUGUCGUUAUUCGACUUGUGUUUGUAUCCACUUACGCUCUUCGAACUCUAUUAAUAAAAAACAUAACAACCGUCUUUGCAAAAAUGAGUAACCGUCACCGUCGCCGCUCCCGCCUACUAUUGUUUGGCUUAUUUUUUCUCUGUUGCGCAUUUUUUUCGUUGGUAUUGUUUUCCGGUAGAAAAAAAAAUAAGAUAAGAAUCGGAAGGAGUAACGUAAAACAAAACAAAAAACUGUAGAUAUAACAAAUAAGAGAAUAAGCUGAAUGUGAUUUAAGUAAUGGUAAACAAAAUCCGAACAAGUCGGAGGUUUUGCAAAAUUGAAUAUAUAUAAAACACACAUACACACAAACAUCAACACACACACACCCCCAGACACCCACAUGAACACAUGCAUACACACUGGAAGAACUGUGAGCUCCGUACAGGAGCAGCACUUGUAGUUGUAAAGUUAUUAGUACUUUUUAAUCGUAGGCGGUAAGAAGUAGGAGGAGCUGCAAUGUUGAUGAUAAGUGAGACGGAGGGGGAAGGGGAAGGUUUAGAGAGGGAUGAACGGAUGAGAUUUUCUUUAUCUAGCGCAAUAAAGCAACAGGCAGGGGGCAAUUUUUUUGUGUCAGUGCUCGACCCCACACGAAACGGAAUUACGAUAUUGGCUAGGAGUAAAUUACUAUUAUACAUACAUUAUUGUGGUUAUCAUAAUUGUGUAGUAGUGCUAUUUGACCUAUUAUCACUUAUCACGGAAAAGUUGAGUAGAUGAGUCCAAUUUUUCUUAUACCACAAGAGCAACAGGAGAACUCUCUCUCACUCAACACAAACACACACACACACUCACUGGUCUUUGAAGUUGGGCAAAAAAGCGUUUUGCCCGAAACAGCAUUGUCUCUGUAAACAAAAACAAACAAACAAAAAAAAAAGAUUAAAACGAAUCAAACCAUUGUGAUUUGCAGAAGAUCUCUCAUAUAAACAAGAAAUAACACUGAAACGAUAACUUGGUUUUUGUCAACAAACAAUAUCAGGGAAAUAUUCGUUUUUGUUUGCUUUUUCAUUAAGGAGUUAAUCAAACACAAAAACCGAAAAGUAAAGAACUACGAUAAAUCGUAAAGUAAUCGCAUAACGACAUACAAUAGAAUCAUACAUGCUCACUGCUGUUGAAACUAGUGAGCAAAGUGACUAGUUGCUAGUUGUAUCUAAUUAAAACAGCAUCAAUUAAGGUAAGUGAACCGAUUACCGCUGGAGAACAAAGCAGCGUCCAUAGCAAUUAAAUAGCUUUUCAUCAAAUUAUUUAAGUCAAACAGUUGAAGCAGUUGGUAAACGUAAAAUAGGGGUUUUAACAUGAAAACACGAAGAGAAACUUUUUGAAAGUGAUGGUUAUUUUUGUAUCCGAAGAAAGUAGUAAAGCAAGAACUAAUUUAGUAUCUUUUUUAGUGAGAUGAAACUUAUUUUUUCGAUGUGUGUUUAUUUUUUUACCUUUUUUGACAAAUGAAACACACAAAUCUCAGGAAAUGAACGAAAAUUCAAAAACAAUUACUACAUAAAAAUAAUAUUGUUAAGCAAUUUAUUAUACAAGAAUCGAAAUGGUUUAUUUUACUACAAUUCUUCAAAACGAAAGCAAACCUAAUGACCAUACACUGAUACUAACAAACAAAAAUAAUGAAAAUCGUUUGGCAACACACACACUCACACACCAACCAACCAAUCAAGGCAAAAUACAACAAACCAAAUAGCGAACCGAGUAAAACAUAGUAAUCGAAUGCUUGUACGUUGACCUUCCUCUUUAACAAAAUUCGAACUGAUUUGCACGCAAUUAGAAAAAAAAUCCGGCGGACAGAAAGAGAAAGAGAGAGAGAGAGAGAGUUUAAACAAAAUAGAACAAAAAGCAACAACAACAACAAACGGCCAAGGUUCCUUCAUGGGGGAAUUAUCCCGUUGACUAUCCACACAUCUAAAAACAGCAACAACACAUCAAUAAUACAACUACUAACAUAAAAACCAAACGGAAGUCAUUUUGGUAGUUGACAAUUGACCAACCAUUUUGCUACACUGUUUUGACUGUGUUUUUUUUCCUCACCGCAUUCGGGAGGGUUGCGAAAGUGAGCAUUCAUCACCACUCGUACUAACAUCUGACAGGCUGCAUCAAAUAUCGUAGUAGGCAGUGUCUUCCUUCGGUUAUCCAGACCCAAAUGCUAUCUGUUGUUUGUCUGUCAAGUUGUUCUAGUGGUGAACAGUGGAGAUUUCGUUUUAUUGUGACUUGUUGACUCUACCAGUAGCCAGUAUGUAGUAGCCUAGUUAGCUGAUAACUCAAUUCAAUCGGUUUGAUGCGUACGACGAGAAGUAAAAGCUUUACAUACUCAAACAAUUCAUACAACACACACACACACAAACACAUACACACACCUACACGUAUUCCACGCAUACCCAAACGGGAUGGAAUAAUAACGAGCAUCUUUUUACUCAUGUUUGUGUUAGUGUUAGUAGGAACCCAAGCAACCUAAUCGUGUACGGGACCGGGUACAAUAAGCAUUACAUAUUUAUCUUUAUAUCAGCUAGAGAAACACACUCACACCGACUUACAUACACACAAAUUUUAGCUGCGUAGCGUUGGAACAAAUUGAAUGUCAAACAAAUGACACAUUGGUUAAUUAUAUAUUGGUGUGAUGAAGAAAAAAUAAAUAAAUAAAUCGCAAACUAAUAUUAAGACUGAUAACUGCAAGAAAAAAAAUAGAAAUAGCCAACAAAGUAAAUCAAAGGACGGGGGAAAAAACGUAAAAGCAAACAAAUCACGUAAACUUUCGGUUGUCAUUUAGCUACACUAGCGCCCCCCCCCCCCCCCUCAUAUGUGUAUGUAAUCAUAAUCGUUACCCAUCGUAACAACAUCACCAAUUUUCCGUCUUUCUCUUCCAUGUAGCGCUUAAUCGAACAACUAGCCGAGCAACGUUUUUCUGUUUUGACAAUCAACUGUUCGCUGAAACUUUUGACACAUCACACUCACACACACACCCACACCCAGAGUGGUUGGUUCUUUGUUUGUAAACAACAUAUCUCGUAACGUGCGUGGCGCUCUGCUGUCACCAAUCCUACGACAGGAAUGUUUGGUUGUGUGGUCUUAUUGGCAAUUUGUUUCGCUUUCCGAUAUCGACUAAACGAACACCGAGAAAAAAAUCGAUCAAACCCCUUUCUCGAGAAAUUCGUGUUCCCUUUCAAUGCUGCCCAGCGAGACUGUCAAACUGGUAAAAAUAAUCAAAGUAACGCAUUGGUGUUGCUUCUGAGUUUGAUGGCAAAUUUCGAUUGAUCGAUCACUGCUUAAUCGAUAAGGAAGCAAAGAACCUUUUUUGUGUUCCAUAUUUUGAACUACAAAAGCCGCAAUUUGUCUACAGUCUUAAGCAAACGAAAAAAAAAAGUUUCCAUUUACUUUUUAGCAAAAAAAAACGUUCGUUAAUCGAGCUUGAACCUUGAAUAUUAGAGCUCAAUCCAAGACCCCGAGGUCCCUAAUGGAUCGGUUUUCACCGAGAAAAAAAACCAUCGACAAAGCAGCUCUUUUGUUCGAAAUUUCGUUUCGAUCUGUCGACCCUCGUUGAUCGGUUUUUUGUUUAUCAAACCACCAUCGGAAGUGCAUACAAACCCUACACAAAGCAACCAACAUAGCGGAAUCAAGCAAACGAAUAUAAUAAAUAAAAUAGUAGAAGAAAUAAGUGUAAAUUAUAACAAUUAACUAAACUAUGUGAAGAAAAACAGAUAAACAAAAUAAAACAAAUAUUCAGGUAUCUAUACAGGCUGUGAAAUAGUCUAUUCUUUGUUUUACAUUUAUUACAAAGUAUAUGUAUAUUAUUUACGUUAAAGUACCGUACGUUUAAUUUAUCGUGUAAAUGAUUUGCUUCUGUUCGAUUUCGUUCUAUUCUCCUGUCGUUUCCUCCUACGGUCCACAAUGGGAACUGUAGGAACCUAGUUUCGUUCCAAAACCAUGUUGACAAACUGCCAAACUAUGCAUUUUUUUCCUACUAAGAACGUAAUUAGUGAAAAAAAGAAAACUACCCCAAAACAAGUAAUAGCGAAAAAAGUGCGUUUUCUUUCCCAAAGUUUAAGUUUGUUUCCCUGAAAAGAUUUGAGGUUUCUUUUGUACUAAAGCAUCAAAACCAAGAUACUACAUUGAGUGUCACACAAACACAUACCCAAGCGAAGAAAAAAGAAAACAAAUGAAGAAUCAAAUAUUAGCGAACUUAGCGAGAGAAGCAAAGUCGAACAAACACAAAUUCAAUUCUUAAUCUUAUUCUGUAGGGACGCGAACUUCACUAUGAUACUAACAAACGAAAACAAAUAAUUCAUCCAUGGAAUCAGCUGCUUUAAGUGUGUAGAGAAACGUUUUUUUCUAAAUGAUAAUAUAUUACAAAAAUAAAAACUAACAAAAAAAAAACAAAAAACAAACGUAAACAAACUUGUAACUCAACAACUUAAACAAAAACGAGUAGAGCUAAUAUUGAGUAAUUGAUUAACGGAUUUCUUCAACCCGCUAAUGACAAGGUAACAUAAAUUGACAAGAAACCCGAGAAUAUUUAUUGAGCAAGAAAAAUAAAACAAACAAAUUACUAAAUGUCUAUUUAUAUAUUUACAAUCUUAACGCAAAUCGUACGUUAAAAACCCAAAUCACAAAUGCAAUGGAAGCGUGGAUCAGAAAGGUUACUACCAAUUUUUGCGCAGAGGUACUACAACGGAGGCAACCAACGGAACAUAGUAGAAAACAAACAGAAACCAAACGAACGGAAAUCAAUCACAAGUGGGAUUAAAAACGUUAUUACUAUAUUUACACCAACAUUCAAAACUGGUAACUAGUGAAGCAAAACAAACAAACAAACAAACAAACGAAAAAAAACUAGAAACACUCGAUCGGAAUGAAGUUAAGCUAUCGCCGUUUUUUGCCAUGUUUGUAAACAAUAGCAAGCGUGCAGCCAAGCAGCCGUACGUCGGUUGCAUCCGGUGACAGGUUCGAGCGCAGUCACCGCCGUUUGACAGUUGCGUCACCGCCAUCGCAGUUGGCUGGCAUCGUCUUAUUGUUUUACUUUUUUGUUGACUACACGGAAAAAAAGAAGUAAGAAGUGAGUUCCUUUCUUCCUCCGAGCCUCUUGAAGGGACGGACGGUGGAGGAACAGCUUCUGAUUUGGAUACUUUGAAUUAGUUUUCUGUGUAGAGUUGGACGAGGUUUCAAAGGUUGAUGAGGGGUCCCCGACAAAUGUGCGAUGCAACUGUCGAACGCUUCGUGAUUGCAAUCAAUCUAUUAAAUAAAUGCUAGUAACGUGCGCACACACACACACACUAACGCAAUGUGCGUAUUGUUGUUUUGAUAUUUGUGUGUUUUGGUGCGACCGAGUUUCCGAAGUUUGUACAACGGCACUUUCGAUUUAUGAAAGUAGGAAAAGAAAAAAUAAUAUUAACACUCACUCACACAUACAUACACACACACACACACACACACACACCACGGCCAACUUGUUUUGGCAGUCGAUGAGCUGUCAAACAUUGUAACAGCGGGACUAUCUAUCAUAGCAGAUCCUAAGCUCAUGAGUCAACAACUAUGAGGAAAUUGAAGAUACCAAUUUGUAAUAUUCUGUACAUUUUUGAUCAUAACCGAUAGGGACUUUUGUACAUUUCAGUGUAAAUAUUAUGAUUAUGGAUUCUAUUAUAAAUGAAGUAACAUUAGAGAGAGAGAAAGAAAAAAAAAGAGAGAGACCGACGAACAUGUGGAGUUGAGGACCGUAACUAAAAUGAAUUAGAAGAUAUUCCAGAAGAAACUAUGGACGGAGUUUAAAACCGAAAAAAACAUCGAUUUUCAUUUGCUAGGUUUUUACGUUUGCCACUGGUACUGACGAUUGAAACUUUGCAUAAACUGAUACCGACCAAAUAAAAAGAAAGAAAAUAAAUGAUGAGAAGAGCUGACCAAGCAAAAAUGUUAGGAGUUUAAACAAUUGAAGAUCUAUUCCUAAGUUUAAGAAAAAGAAGAAGAAGAAGAAGAAAAAUGAAUACUAUCCCAACCACCACACAGUGUAGCACUUUCGUAUAAGUGAUGGUUAAUUUUGUUUAACUGAUAGGAAAUUGAAUUGAUCUCUGAUUUUUUUGUUUUGUCGCGAACCAACUGAUUUCCCAAACUGCGAGCAAUGUUCGAAUUUCGUACCGAGCGUUUGCCACGCGUUCAAAGAAUAGCUGAUCUCAACUUGCAGAACUUGUCAAUCAAAGCAAAAACCCCAAAACCCCCGGGGUGAGCGCUCGGACCGGGAAUCGAACCUCGUUCCGAGCCAUUGUUCGACCUAUCAAAUCACACUCAAACACAGAAGAAAAAAAAACACAGAAAUAGCGCAAUCCGGAUCGAAAUGCACACCGAAACGAAACUUUCGACAAGCAAUACACAGUAAAAAAAUUUAAAAAAAAAGAAUACAAGUGAAAACAAGCUGCAAUUAUUUUCCCGGCUCAAAAACUGCUGCGAAACGAAGAAAUUCUAUGAAAACAAAAGAAAAACUCUAUACAAUUACAAAGGAAUAAAAUGUGAGAAUAAAAAAAAAACUGUUUUACCCAAUGAAAGUUGUUGAAGUUUUUGACAUUCAAACCAAAAAGUGUCUGUUUUCUUUUCUGUUUUAGGAAAAAAGGAAGCAAAAAUAAAAAAAAACUAAACAAAACAAAACAAAUGAAAACAAUCCAGUUAAUGCGUUUAGCGGAUUAGUGCGCUAGCGACUAGCUGUUUGAGCUUAGAUCUACUCAGUUUAGUUAGUGUGAUAUGUACAUUCGAUCGGUUGUGUUUUUUCUUUUUCGAGCUGCUCAGUCAGUCCCAGGUCCUAAAGCAAAAGAAGGAGAGGAGAUCCGUUGGGAAGGUCCCAGCUGCUCCUCCGAUGCUCUGAGUGACAAAUGAGUUUCGAUUGUAAUUUUGGGGGAAGGUGGAAACAGAAAACCAAAACAGUAGAACAAAGGUAGCGAUCGGGGUGUGAAUUUCGAUGAAAUUACUUUGUUAGUCAAAAAAAAAAAAGAAAAUAUUAGUAAAA